ACGAAAGGAUGAAAGCUUUUUAUUUAUCAUUUAUACAACCAUCGCUUGUCAAGAGAAACCAGAAACCCAAUUUAAGUUAUUACUAUGUAUCGGCUUGUGUUGAUAGGAGUUGGAAUAGCUUGCCUGAACCCUCCUCCAUUCCCAACUGGCUUAUAAGAAACUUGGAAAAACAAGGUUUUCAACAUUUCAAUGUUGUUCAACAAAAAGCUAUCCCAGUUAUCUUUUCGGGCAAGGAUCUCGUUCUCGUUGCUCCAACUGGAAGUGGAAAGACGUUGGCGUUUCUGGUUCCUCUUUUAAGUUUAGUAGAUUUCAAGAAAUCUUGGAUACAGGCACUUAUAUUGGUACCAACACCUGAACUGGGUUUUCAAAUAUAUCUUUUGGCAAAGUCUCUCUGUUCUUCGCUAUCAUCAUAUCAACUUGCACAUUCGAGAGAACACUCACUGAUUCGUUUUUUAUCCAGUGGAGAAGAUGGGAAAAUCAAACAGAAGAAACUACCUGCCAUCUUAAUUAGUACGUUGGAGUCUGUUCGAGAAAAUUGGCCUUUUAUUGGCUUGGAUAGAGUUCGAUAUAUAGUAUUGGAUGAGUUUGAUGACUACUUCAUAGGUUCUUCCUGGAGGUCUAAAAUACUUGGCAUGCUUCCUUCCCAUUCAAGGCAAAUUAUAUUUAGUUCAGCGACUCUGCAACAGUGUCAACACUUUUUAUAUCAAUGUCGACAACAAAAGUGGACCAAACAAGAUGGACUGGAAUAUAUUCAUAUCGAUAAAACAGAAUGGAUGCCCAAAGUUGUGCACUAUUACUAUGUCUUGAAGAAGAAGGAUGACCGCAUCCAGCUUUUUGUAAAUAUAUGGAGACAACAGAAAGCCAAUAAAGCUAUUGUAUUUAUUCGUGAAGAUAGUAUGUUAUCACAUACAGCUUGGCUUUUGCAAGAAGAAUGGAAAAGACAAACUUUGGAGAAAGAGAAGAACAUAUCAUUCCUAUGGUUAUCUGCAAAUGCCGAUUGGAAAAGUCGACAACGUGUUAUGACCACAUUUUGUAAUAGUGAUGCUCAUUUGUUAUUGAUCACUGGUCAGUUGAUGAGAGGCCUCGAUAUUCCUGAGGUGACUCAAGUCUACAAUUUGGAAUGGAUGGAUGGUGUGGAAGAAUAUGUUCAUAGAGCUGGAAGAAGUGCACGGUGGUUAAGAGAAGGUUUGGUGUUGAACUUUGUGAAAGACAAGGAAUUAUUUGCUUUGGAAAGAGUAUCCAAUCAGUUGAAUAUCCCAUUUGUGGAAUGGCCUUUGCAAGUUGACGACCAUCACAUAUAGCAAAUGCUUGUCGAAGAGGGCGAUGUUUGGUUGU